CUUACCCCUUUAGCCGGCCGCCACUAUCGUUCUCGUUUCGGAUAAACAAGUAAAAUAUUCUUGGGUAGAAGCAUGGAUUAUUUUCUUUUGAUAGAGUACCGAAUCAUUGGGUGCAUUUGAUGUUUAAAGAAUUUCAAUUAUUUGUAAAGUGGAACACGUAGCAUAGACCGCAUAGUUGUGAAAUUAUAGAACAACAUUCUUGCUUCAACAUAAUCAUCGUUUCAUCUUUUAUGGCUCUUUAAUGGCUUCGAUUUCGAACGCUCACCCCUUCAUAGGUGAGCCAACUCCUAUCCUAAUCACAAGGUUAAGGAAGUCCUCCUGUCUGAUAAUAGAAAUCUUUGAUGGCGACAUCUCCUUCUCGCCACAACCACAACGAAAAGCCAGCGUGUCUAUUGUUCCCAAGAACAACCACAGUGCUAAAUAAGAGUAGUACAAAAAAGCACUUCUCACUAGCUCCUCCACGAAGAAGUGUCGAGGGAGAUUUUGGGAAUUGGAACCAUGUCGCAGUCAGAGGAGAUGAACAGCGAGGACCCCGCAUCACUGGAGAACCCCCUAUUUGUAAGCCGUGUUAACAACGUAAACGUUAGACCAGGAGGUAGCUCCCUAUCCUUUAGUAGUUCCUCCACGUCCUCUUCUAGUUGUAUUAACGUCAAGUGUGCGAGUCCCCCACCGUCUUCGCGGUCUAGCGCUCGUAAGCCGAUUAGCCCUCCUCCUAGCUCGAGAUCGAGCGGAAGACGGCCACUGGGAAAUGCUGCUGGCGGCCGUUCUGAAGUGAGUGGAUCUUCGCAAUCCGAACUGUUUUAAGGCUCCUUGUCGUGAUAGUGUCACCUACAGCUUCUUCCACUAUGUAUGAAAAUUAUUCUUUGAACAAAAGUGCGAGGCGAUCGGGUCGCGCGCGAAAGAAUGAUAAUGAUAAAGUAGUACAAAAGAAAGAACAUUGGAGGUUCUUACAUAUUAAAUUGAUGCCGCUAGUAAUAGUAUGCGUUCCUGGUUGAAACAAAUGAAUCAUGUGAAUUCAUCGUUGUGUGAUCCUCAAAGUCACAGCACUCGAUCUCGACCACCUCGAACCUCCCUCGUCUUCUAAUCUCAAAUGAUCCCCACCGGUUCUCCCGCAGAGAGACAACGUUUAUCGGACUCUAGCAGUUUGAGGGUGGACCAUAGUUCCAGACCCUCCUCGAACGAUGACGAUGUGCUACGCGCGCAGCAGCACCACCUUUUCGCGAAGGCAAAUGAACACAUCAUGAAUCUGAGUUCUAUCCCAG